AUGUCUUCGAAUUCCACGUUAACGGUAAAGGCUCUAGACUUUGGAGAUGGCAACCAAUUUAUCCCUUUGAUCAUCAUUGGCGGAGUUGCGGUUGGGAGCAUGAUAUUGCAUGUUAUUUUGGUUUUGAUAUUGAAGAGAAUAGUAAGCAAAUCCGAAUCGCGAUUUGAUCGUGAGGUUGUUUCAAGAUGCUCCAAACCAACAUUCUUUAUGUUCCCGUUGGUUGCAAUUCUGAUAUGUCUAGCCCUCGUGACCAACGUCGACGAAUCGAUUCUCGAUCCUAUCCGACACACCUUGGUCAUACUCCUUUUACUUCUCUCCGCUUGGACUGCAAUUAACUUUGUCAAAGCUUUAUCCGUCACUGUUUCAAAUGAUAAUGAUUUUAUGAAUUCAACAAAGAAUCCCAAUGCAAGGAAACUGCAUACGCAGUUGGUGAUUAUGACGAGGAUAGCGUAUGGGUUGAUUAUUGUCAUCUGUGCAGCAAGUGUGAUCUUAACCUUUCCGUCAGCAUGGCAAUUUGGUGCAACAGUACUAGCUAGUGCUAGUGUAUCGGCUUUGUUUAUCGGUUUGGCUGCUAAACCAUCGCUGGAGAUUGCAUUAACUCAACCACUCCUGCUGGAUGACUACGUCAGUAUAGACGGACAGUAUGGCAUAGUCGAGGAAAUUCAAUCCCAAUAUUUAGUGUUAAGAACAGCCAAAGAUAGCCGUAUUAUUAUCCCACUCACUCGCGUGAUCGACCAACCGUUUGAAAACUAUACUCGUGGGGGCGACACCAUUGGGAUCACGUUUCAGUUAUGCGUUGGCUAUGGUAUUCCAUUGGCAGAUCUAAGAAACAAGUUUAAUGCUCUGACCGCGGCAUCAGAAUAUUGGGAUAAUCGGGAAUGCAGUUUGGAAAUUGACGAUGCAAAAGAAUCAUGUUUAUUAUUACAAGCUACAAUGACUGCUUCUAACGUUAAAAUGGCCGAGAAACUUAAGAAUGAAAUCAGGGAGAAACUGAUCGAGUACAUUUUAACUACAUAUCCAGAGUACUUAUCAGGAGCGAAGAUAGGGGAACCUAAAAUAGUGCCCAAGAUGAGUGAACCCGUAUUGCCAAUAAAGAAGGGAUAG